GCCCACCACGGCUCUUCACUCACUCGCACCACACGCGCGUCUCGGAAAAGGUACACCCACAGAUAAGAUGCGUUUGUCUGUCUGCCUGUCUGUCUGUCUGCACACCAAACCCACCCCCGCCUACCCACAACAGCCAGCCCAUCGGUCUGAUCUAUCUGUACACAUGGCCGGCCAUUGAACUUAAUGAAUGUUGCAUUGCAACGAGAGCGCUAGACAAGGGCGGGGCGGCCCCCUCCCCUGAUUGGUGUCUUGCCGUCGAUGCAUCCGAUGCCAGCACCUGUCUGUCUUAUAUGCUGACAUAUGCUGACCACUUGACAUGGCUAUGGCUGGCUAUCACCAUCGGCAAGACACCAAAGAGCACGCCAGCCAGACACACAAUGCAUCCAUCACACUGCAGCCAGUCAUUCGUUCACGGCUUCUCGUAUGCGGCCAUGUAGUUGACCCGUGCGAAGGGCUCCUGCACAAACUGACGCACAACCGGGAUGUAACUCACACCCUGACAGACAGACAGACAGACAGACACACAAAUACCAAAACACAUGAAUGACGAUGGACGGACAAGCGCACCCACCCAUUUAUUCACCUACCUGGAUUUCGAUUUUCCUCAUUCCGCUGAGUUUGGCGAGGUUGUCCAGGUGCUUGGGGGUCACGAACUUGGACCAAUCGUGGGUGCCCUGACAGACAGACAGACAGACAGACAGAGAGGUAAACAGAUAGACAGCGGUGGUCGUGCCGAUGGGUGGGUGUCCUCUGUGUGUGUGUGCGUGUGUGUGUGUGUCCAGCUAGCUACCUUUGGCACGAUGCCUGUGACGUAUUCUGCGCCCACAAUGGCCAGGAGGUAGCUCUCGGGCGUCCGGUUGAGGGUCGUCACGACCAACACACCACCUGCACCCCCACCCACCCACACACACACACACACACACGCAGACACUCGUCGUGAAGCUUGAUGUGACGGGUGUCCAUCCGUGUGUAUGUGUGUGUGUGUGUGUCGGACCGUUGCCCUUGACGCAUCGCGUGCAGCCGUAGAAGAAGCCCUCAAUGUCGUCAACGUGCUCGAUGAUCUCACUCGCCACAACCACAUCAAACGGGGCAACCGAAUCGCCGACCUGACACACACACACACACACAGACGUAUACACACACAGCUGCGGCAGCAUGUGUGUCUGUCUGUCGCCUAACUUAACUUACCUCUUCGCCUUUUUCGACUUUCUGUUGGUGGUCCUUGACGCUGUCGGCGACGUCGCCGAUCUCACCGUGGCUGAAGGACAGCCGAGAUGCGAAUCCCUCCGACCUGCACGUGAUGGAUGCAGCCCAUGCACAACAUCCCCGUGUCUGUCUGUGUUUGUGUGUGUCUGUGUGUGGAUGCGAUGUACCCGAACGAUUGCCUUCUUUGUUCGGCGACUUUGACGCUCUCCUCACUCAUGUCGAUGCCCGUCACCUCCCCGCCCUGCGGUGAAUGCGCACGUGUGCAUGGAGAUGGAUCGGUGUGUGCACGGCAAUCAAAUCGGUGCAGUGCAGUGCAGCAGGUGUGCAUAUGAUGGGCACUGCACUGCCAACCAUUCUGGCCAUCGCCUCAGACAGAAUGCCGCCCCCACACCCGAUAUCCAAUAUCCUGCACACACAGCACACACAACAGACAGACAGACAGACAGACAGACAUACGUAUGCGCACACACAUGCCAACCCCCCAGCUAACGUGCAGGCACCUGAGCCCCUUGAGUGGUUCCAUUUUGUCGGUUUCUUUGCCCUUGAGUGCAUGCUUCUUGAUGAAGGCCAGACGGGUCGGGUUGUAGUCGUGCAGACCUAACACACCGACCGACCGACACACGGACAUGCAAUGCACGUGCGUACACAGACAGACAGACAGACAGCCGUGCUUGCCUUGCCUUAAUUGCCUCUGUGCAACCACCGUCACCAUCCCACCUACAUACCUGCGAAAGGGCCGUUCGGGUCCCACCAUUCCUUCGCCUGAAAGGGCAUGAUGCGAUGAAUGACCGCAUACACACGGUCUGUGUCCACCGUGGGUGCCCUGCUCAGCUCACCAUUUCAUUGAACUUUUUGAUCUCAUCCGGCGAGGCCGUCUUGGCAGAUGCGCCCGAUGACGCCGAUGAAGACAUGCGCCGAACGCGUGUAAACGGCCGCAGGAACAGCAACAGGCCUGACGACAGCGCCUUCAUCUGGGAUGCG